CAGUAUCAAAAUCGAUGGCUCAGAUUUAUUGAUUCUAUUGCAUCUUUUGCCGGACCAGUUGUCUUUUUUCAUUUGUGAUCAACUUUCACUCCAGUCUCAGAACUGCGUAGUAGGUGUUGCAGAGACUCCUGUGUUUCCACCACUGUGGAGGCAAUGCCCACAAACGAGGGUUUUUCAGGUGUUUCCAAUUGCUACGUUUUCAAGAGUCGACUUCAGGAGUACGCGCAAAAAGCUGGACUUUCUACACCUGAAUAUGAGACUAUUAAAGAAGGGCCUUCACAUGAGCCUUCCUUCAAGUCAACAGUAAUUGUUAAUAGUGUCAGAUAUGGUUCAUUACCUGGAUUUUUCAAUCGUAAGGCAGCAGAACAAUCAGCUGCUGAAGUUGCCCUCACGGAGUUAGCUAAAUCUGGUGAAGUGAAUCAAUGUCUUUCUCAACCAGUUCAUGAAACUGGCUUAUGCAAAAAUCUUCUGCAAGAGUAUGCGCAGAAGAUGAAUUUUGCCAUUCCUCUAUAUCAGUGCCAAAAAGACAAUACACCAGGCCGAGAGGCCCUUUUCAAAUGUACUGUUGAGAUUGGGGGGAUUCACUACAUUGGAGCAUCUGCCAGAACCAAAAAGGAAGCAGAGAUCAAAGCUGCCAGAACUGCUUUGCUUGCAAUUUGGUCGAGUUCAUCCGAGUCUUCUGAUAGACUACUAGAAAAUGCCCAGUUAACCGUUCUUCCAGGGAAAAAGAGGGGAGCAGAGGCUGUUGGUAAUUCUGAGGAGUCUGCCAAAGUUUCAAAGGUGAAAAAAGCUCGAUUCAAAAAGAAAAUGAAAAUGCAGAAAAAGAGACUCUCUGGGAAAAAGGUUCGCAAUACUCGAGUUGAGAUUGAAGGUGGUUCAGAUGUUAAAAAACCUGGUCCAGCAGGAUCAGAAUCAAAUGAUGAUAAAGAAUCUGGGAUGCUAGUAGCGUGUAGUGGACCGUUGGCUCAGGCAGCAAUUGGGAAUCCCGAAUGUGAGGGAAUAAAUGAUGACAACAAUGACACUACUGAGCGCCCAAUACCUGGUGAACAGUUGGCUCAACAGGCAAUAUCCAGUGAACUAUUGGCUCCACAUGUUACUACUGAUCCAGAAAAUGGGUCAACUGUUACUGUUUUAAGCCUGCUGGAAGAGAAAAUCGAAGCAGCUUCCACCCAAGUCGACAACCAUUUUGGGCAUUGGUUUUGCAGCUAGCUGGAGAAGGGAGAUUGGGGGAUGGGGAGUGUGAUUGGUAAGUUAAUAUUGACAUUUCGCUAAUGUUGGUCUUUAUAGUUAGUUAGUGUUGAGAAAAUCAGAUUCUGAAAGAUUGAUUUUACCCUUUGAUAUGAUUGGAAUUGUCUCUGCUCCAUCAGCAUUGGCCCAUAUUCAUAUAGUGGUGAUGUUAAGGUAGUUAAAAAUUAUGAGUUGUGACAGAGUAGAAAGGAUCCUGAUGAAAAGGCUACCUUUUGUUUUUACUGCUUUUCUUUGAAGCUUA